UUUUGGAGUUGCUCUGUUUCUCCUCAGAUGGAGAAAAUCAUCCAGAUACUAAUUUGAGCAUAGUCUAUCUUUAAUUGGCUUAUAUUCUUAGUUUAUUUUUAGUAAAACGAACUAAUUAUAAAGAUUUGAACAGAAACAUAUGUUAAUUACAGCUUGUUAUACACAUUUUCGUUGAAUAGCACUCAUAAUCUCUAUGAAAAAUAUUAGUAUUUUGUAUAAAAAAAUAUUAUGUUUUUAAAAGUUUAAAGAUAUUUUUUUUAAAAAAAUUAAAAUGUUAAAAAUAUUAGGUAAGCUUCGUAAACAGAUCGCCUCAUUUCCCUAAUUGGGUUUCGGCCUCAUUUCUGUGUUGCUUCUGUUUCAGAAUCUCUCUGCGUUUGAAUUUCAAGCGAUCGAACGGCGGCACUCUUCGCAGUGGCGCGGUUGGGCGAUGUCCAUAAACCCUAAAACCUUACGGCUUCGGGUUUUACCACCCAUUCAUUUAACAUGAGCAUCCAUUGCUUUAAAGAAGAUGAAGCUUUCCGUUGAGAGUUCUUCCACUUUGCUUCAUUCCUCUCAGCGAUGCUACUCUUCUUUCGCGGUCUUUUUCAAGUUAGUCGCAGAGCCUCUUACCGAGUAAUCUCUCUGUCUUCAAAUUCCUCGCAUCCGGGUUGCCUUUCUUCCAAUGCAUUUAAUGCCUCGUCAUCCCUAACAUCAAUUAAUGGCUAUUACAUUUCUUGUUUUUGGUUCACUAGCUUUGUUUGUAUGUUUCGGCUCCCUUUUGUUAGUUACUCGAAUACAAAUAGUUCAUUUGAAUUAUUAGACAUUGGUUACCUUCGUAAAAUCAUACAACAAGACCUCUGGAACGAUCCUAAGAUUGUUAUUUUAUUUGAUUCAGCACUCGCACCCAUUUGGGUCUCUAAGAUUUUAGUUGAAUUGAAAGAAGAUCCAAAGUUAGCUCUUAAGUUCUUCAAAUGGGCAGGAAGCCAGAUUGGUUUCUGCCAUGCCACCGAGUCUUACUGCAUUAUAGCUCACAUGCUGUUUUGUGCGAGAAUGUAUACGAAUGCCCAUGAUAUUAUUAAAGAAGUGAUUUUGAAGUGUCGUAUCGACAUGAUUUUUCCUGUUUGUAAUAUAUUUGAUAUGUUAUGGUCGACUAGGAAUGUUUGUGUGUCAGGAACAGGAGUCUUUGACAUUUUAUUUAGUGUUCUGGUAGAGUUGGGUCUGCUUGAGGAAGCUAAUGAAUGUUUCUCGAGAAUGAGGAAGUUUAGGACUCUUCCCAAAGCACGUUCAUGCAAUUUUCUUUUGCAUAGAUUAUCAAAGUCGGGGAAUGGACAGUUGGUGAAGAAGUUUUUCAAUGAUAUGAUUGGGGCUGGGAUUGCACCUUCUGUUUUUACUUACAAUGUAAUGGUAGAUUACUUGUGCAAAGAAGGGGAUUUGGAAAACGCUAGACGUUUGUUUGUGCAAAUGAGACAAAUGGGCUUUUCUCCAGAUGUUGUCACCUAUAAUUCCUUGAUUGAUGGCUAUGGCAAGGUUGGUUUACUAGAAGAAUCUGUGUAUUUAUUUAAAGAAAUGAAGGAUGUUGGUUGUGUUCCUGAUGUAAUUACUUAUAAUGCGUUGAUCAAUUGUUUUUGUAAGUUUGAGAAGAUGCCUCGAGCUUUUGAGUAUCUCUCUGAGAUGAAGAACAGUGGGUUAAAACCAAAUGUUGUAACAUAUAGCACAUUGAUUGAUGCUUUUUGCAAGGGGGGAAUGAUGCAAUAUGCCAUCAAACUUUUUGUUGAUAUGAGAAGAGUUGGCCUGCUACCUAAUGAAUUCACCUACACUUCUCUGAUUGAUGCCAAUUGUAAGGCAGGUAAUUUAACAGAAGCAUGGAAGUUGUCCAACGAUAUGUUGCAGGCAGGAGUUAAUUUAAAUGUAGUAUCCUAUACAGCUCUAAUGGAUGGGCUUUGUGAAGAUGGAAGAAUGAUGGAAGCGGAAGAAGUGUUUAAGGCAAUGCUGAAAGAUGGACUAUCGCCCAACCAGCAGCUUUACACUGCUUUGGUUCAUGGCUAUAUUAAGGCAGAGAGAAUGGAGGAUGCAAUGGAAAUAUUGAAGCAAAUGACAGAAUGUAACAUCAAACCAGAUUUAAUACUCUAUGGCACCGUUAUUUGGGGUCUCUGUAGUCAAAACAAACUUGAAGAAACUAAACUUAUUAUUAAAGAAAUGAAAAGUCAGGGUAUUAGUGCAAAUCCUGUUAUAUACACAACAAUUAUGGAUGCUUAUUUUAAGGCUGGAAAAAGCUCAGAUGCAAUAAAUCUUCUUCAUAAGAUGCAGGAUAUGGGUGUUGAGGCUACUGUUGUAACCUACUGUGUACUAAUUGAUGGUUUGUGCAAAACAGGUUUGGUCGAACUGGCAUUUGAUUAUUUUAGUAGAAUGUCCGAUCUUGGUUUACAACCUAAUGUCGCAGUUUAUACAGCCCUUAUAGAUGGUCUUUGUAAAACUAAUUGCAUUGAGUCUGCCAAAAAGUUGUUUGAUGAAAUGCAAUAUAGGGGUAUGACCCCAGAUAAAACAGCUUUUACUGCUCUAAUUGAUGGCAACUUGAAGCUUGGAAAUCUUCAGGAAGCUUUGGAUUUGAUUAGCAGAAUGACAGACUUAGCUAUUGAGUUUGAUUUACAUGCUUAUACCUCCAUGGUUUCGGGAUUUUCUCAAUGUGGUGACCUGCAUCAAGCGAGGAAGUUUUUAAAUGAAAUGAUUGAGAAGGGAAUACUUCCCGAGGAGAUUUUAUGUACAUGUCUACUGAGAGAGUAUUACAAGCUUGGACAGUUGGACGAAGCCAUUGAAUUGAAGAAUGAAAUGAGGAGGAGGGGUUUAAUUACUGAACAGUGAAGCCUUGCAGUUCCCAGUCUUAGAACUUGAUGAGGUCCAAUCUGAUCAUCUUUGGUGUCUGUAUUUUAAUUACAAGCACAUGUGGUCUUUAUUUGGGAUUCAGAGAGUAUGACAACCCAAGAAACCCACCGUUCAAAUGGCCGCCAUGUCUGAUGGGAAGAACUUGCAGGCCAUGCGUGAUGUAUCUGAUGUUGGUUUUAAAUGCUCUGAUCCAAAAUAUUCUAUUUGAUAAGAUGCAGCUUUCUAGUUUCUAAAUGAUAUCUGCAGAAAAUCCCAUCAUAUCAUGCGUUUCAUUAAUCAUCAGUCUUCUAUAAAUGUCCAAAGAGGAUUCCUGUGCUACCAUAUAUUGAUUCCCGUGGAACCAUUCUAGCGAAAAUAUCUAUCUUUUGUUUUACCGAUUGAAGCGUACUCAUUCAAGUUUGAGGCUCAGGAUGGCUUAUAGUGAGUAAGGUGGUUGGUCUGGGAGAGAGCUGGCUCCCAAUAUGUGAAUGCAAGUCUCAAAUCUCACGAGUACUGGAAGGAGGAAGCUGCACAAUGAAGUGUUGUAGCCUUGCAGAAUGAAGCCCAGAAAGGUUAAGUGAUAUGAUUUACUGUUUCUCUGUUAAAAAAUCUGCACAUGAAUUUAAGAACUAAAGCAUGGAGAAGAGAAGAGAAGUAUAGAUAACAGUGUAAUAGUAUUUCUCAAAAUAGUAAACUUUUGUAAGCAUAAAUGACUUGACAUGAACACAGGGGUCAUGACUCGAGACAGAUAAAUGAUGGAUUUUUGAGAUGACGUGAUUAUAAAGUUGACUCAUGGGUUAGUUUUCAA